CUGUGGGAGGAGUGACUGCACGUGAGGAAGGACCCGGCUGCCCUCCGCUGCUGGCUCUGGCUCCAGCGAUGCGCCUGCUCCCUUUGUAGGACCGGCUUUGGGUGAACAUCCCCGCGCGCCCGGGGCUGGGGUUGGAAGGGGCCGCCGGCUCGGUGCGCCAGGGCGAGGUCCUGGGAGCGGUUCUCUGCGUGGCGCCUGGACUGCACGCGCCUCCCGGGGAACGAGCCUCUGUCCGCGUCAGCAGGCGCCCACGUCCCUCUCUCCCUCCGCCAUCCUCCCCCACCUCGUCUUUGUGCUGCGCGUGUGUCUGCGCCUCCUGCGGAGACCGCGCCUCCGGUGGCAGGAACCCGACUGGGAGAAGGGGCCGCGCCCGCCAUGGAUCUGUACGGGAAGGUCGGCGGACCGGGAGCGGAGCGGGGAGCGCGUGCCCGGCCAGCGCCGUCGUCCCCGCGAGCGAGGACCGAGAACAAUGAGGCACGAAGCUCCCGUGCAGAUGGCCGCCGCCCAGGAUGUCCGGUCUGGCCAGAAAGACUCCUCCGACCAGAACUUUGAUUACAUGUUCAAGCUGCUCAUCAUCGGCAACAGCAGCGUGGGCAAGACCUCCUUCCUGUUCCGCUACGCGGACGACUCCUUCACGUCCGCCUUCGUCAGCACCGUGGGCAUCGACUUCAAAGUGAAGACUGUGUUCAAGAACGAGAAGAGAAUCAAGCUUCAGAUCUGGGACACAGCGGGCCAGGAGCGGUACCGGACCAUCACCACGGCCUACUACCGCGGGGCCAUGGGCUUCAUCCUGAUGUACGACAUCACCAACGGGGAGUCCUUCAACGCCGUGCAGGACUGGUCAACUCAGAUCAAAACCUACUCUUGGGAUAACGCCCAGGUGAUCCUGGUGGGGAACAAGUGUGACAUGGAGGACGAGCGUGUCGUCUCGGUGGAGAGGGGCCGGCGUUUGGGGGAACAGCUUGGGUUUGAGUUUUUUGAAACAAGCGCCAAGGACAACAUUAACGUCAAGCAGACCUUCGAGCGCCUGGUGGACGUCAUCUGUGACAAAAUGUCAGAGAGUCUAGACACUGAGCAGGCCGCCACCGCUGCGAAGCAGAGCGAGAGGCUCAAGGAGACGCCGCCCCCGCCGCAGCCUGGCUGUGGCUGCUAACCCCUCAAGGGCAGCGGGGCCUGGCACCAGCCGGCAGCAUCCAUGGAAGGCCGGCAGCCUGCACUCACUGCCGCAGGGAGACGAGGGAGAGCUGUGUGUCGAUGGCUGUUCCAUGCACUGAAUUCUUGGGCAACUCCCUGAGUGGAAAUGUGGCAAAUACGUGAUCUUAAACCCAUGAGACUCUCCACCCACCCACAUCUGGUAUUUGCAUGUGAUUUGUUCUGUGUCUUCUAGGGUCUUUAUGUUUCAGAUUUCUUCUCAGACUGGGCUACUGCUGGGACCUCAGGCGGCUAUACAUGCACUUCUGCUGACUUUUGUGCCAUGGGUUCGAAUUCUGCUGGUCACUGGAGGGGAUGGUAACAAGGCCUUGCUUGUGUUGGGAGGGGAGACGGGAGAUCUCAGGAUAUCUUGUUUGCUUUUAAUUGAAAAUCAAGUGGGCACAGGACUCAUAUUUUCUGAGUAAAUUACCCAUUUUCAGGGCAGGUUACUGUACAAGGCAGGUCACUGUGUCUCGUUUUCAGUGUUAUUAAUAACUGGGAGACCAACUAUAAAGAAAUUGAAAUAUUGUUUAAGGCCCUUGGCAAGAUUCCUAAGAGAUGGGUAUUCACCUGCCUGGAACUGGUCUGAACGGAUCGUAGCUUAGAUGUUUAAAUGAGGGGCACCCUCACCAGGCCUGCUCUUUCCACUGAUGCUUCCCAACAGGCUGGGCAUUGGAGGGCACUGGCCGGGUGGCCGGGAGGAUUGCACUGAAGGUUAUGCAAUAGGCGUGCUGACAGCAAGGGUGUAUGUUACGGGGGAGAUUGCAUUCUACAGUGAGGAGCUGUAGAAUGAGCUCCCCCAUCACUUCACUAGAUAGCCACCCAUAACAUGCACUGCCCCAUAACACACUACCCCCCAUGACAUGCACUACCCCCCAUAACACACACUACCCCCCAUAACACACACUACCCCCCAUGACACACACUACCCCCCCCAUAACACGCACUACCCCCAUAACACACACUACCCCCCAUAACACGCACUACUCCCAUAACAUGCACUGCCCCCAUUACACAUGGUAGCUCCAUAACAGGCAGCAGCACCAGCCCUCUGGCUCAGACCCGGGCGCAGAUUGAAGCUCCUUGGAGCCCUCCUCCUGCAGGGCACAGCUCCCGAUGCCCGCGUUUUCCUGAUCAGAAGCCGUCUGAACAGGAUCCCCAUGGACCCAGGUUGGGAAAGAGACCACUGUCCUCUCCACCUUUUCCAUCAGCCGUUCAUCCUUCUCGAGCGUCUCCCCAUCCCUGCCUCCGUCACCAGAUGCUCCGAGUCCAGGAGACACUCAGCACCCAGCAGCAACGUGAGAGGCAGGAGGGCACUGUCAACACCGCCCCCCCGACACCCCGACACCCUGAGACGCCCCGACAUCCCGACACCCUGAGACACCAUGGGUAACGCAAACCCCAGCUGCUGCUCGGACUCACUGGGUGGCCCAACCCCGCCCAGCGCGCCGACAGCAGGCGGCAGAAGGCACGAAUUAGGAGGAGGAGGACAGCCGAAAUGGGAGGAGGACAGCCGCUGAGGUGGGCUCACCCUGUUUUGGGGCUCGUGUUGAAGAUGUUUCUCCACUUUUCUAAAGUAGAGAAUCUUCCUGUGAAAGUGCUGGUGGGAGUGUAUUGGGCAGCGGUGGGCAGGGACAGGACACGUCUCAGAUGCCGGAGACCACGGGCGAGCUGCAUAGGGAUCGUCGGGGUGACUGGACCGCGGCUGAGCUGCGUAGGGAUCAUCGGGGUGAAUGGACCGCGGCCGAGCGUCUUGCCAAGGAGCAUCUGUAAACUCUGUUUUCCACCGCAAGGGAACCUUGGUGUGGGUUUCAUCGAGGGAGAAGUUUGCAGGAAGGACCCCACGGAGCUGGAGUGAAUGGCACGGUGUGUCUUCUGUGAUGUGUGUGGGGAGAGUAUUCUCCAUCUGACCUCAGCGAGGGAUCCUCCUUCUAAAGUCAAAUUUGGCAAAAAAGGAUCCAGCCCAGGGUUAACUAAGGGAGCGCCUGUGUAUGGCAUCAAGUUAUAUGACAUAUCAAUUAUCGCACUGUUGUUCCAAGGGUUUUCAGCCUUUGGCCAUGUGUGCCCCCCCCACACACAUGCACACACAUGCACACGCACGCGCGCACGACACCUCCUACCUGCUCCCCAUCUGCCAGCAGCUUAAACAACCAGAGGUCAUUUUUACUAACGGCCUCACUAAAUGCGUAUUCAAAAGAUGAAGACACCUUAAAACAGAUGCCAUUUAGCUUGUGAAUGCCAGACAUGCAUCUUUUGUCCUUGAUGCUAUUCAAUUAGUGUUUCAACUGGAUUAUUCUCCCUCUGGACACCUAUCACCUGCCCCCCCCCCCCCCUUACUUUUAGAGACAAACCUGAUGGAUCUGAGGAAAUACGUCCGAGUGCUCUGAUUUGGGGACGUUGCCUUCGUUCCUAAGGGAGCGGAAACAUUGGACUGAAGUUGUUUUGUCAAAUAGUCGCCCAUGAAGCAGAUUCGCAUCUCAGCCUCUGGACGGUGGGUGGGUGUGGAAGGUGCUGGGGGUUAAGUCCUAAUUGGGAAGCUCCAGGCACCCCCCACGGCCCCUGCGAAGGCUCACUUGGGCAGGAGGAGCUCAUGCGGCCGCUCCGCCAGCAGCUCCUCCUCGUGACCUUUCAAAGUCUCCAGGCUCCUCCUCAGGGUCCCCAGGCGUCCGUCCCUCUGCUGCCUGGUGCAUCCUGCAGGCCCUGGGGACUCCGUUAGAAAUGUGUCCAGACGCCACCAGGCUGUCUCAGGGCUGAGGGAGCAGCUGCCUGUGGAAAGCAGAUAAUUUUGAAGUCAUGACUAAAAACCCUUCUAGACCAAAGUGUUUAUUCAGAGUUUUCACAUCGUAUUGAGAUGCUCUAUCAGGCGUCUUGGGAGCUGGCCUGUGUCUCUCUAGAAUCCUCCCUAUGUGAGUGCAUGUGUGGUUCCAGGACUCUUCCCUGUGCUCUGUCAGCAUGCUCGGGGCCUUUCCAGUGGCCGGAAGGUGCAGCCCCACAGCUGUGGCAGCUUCGCCCCUCUGUGCACAGCAACUGCACCCCACAGGUCACCAGGACAGCACCUGCACCCCACAGCUCACCAGGAAAGCACCUGCACCCCACAGCUCACCAGGAUAGCACCUGCACCCCACAGCUCACCAGGACAGCAGCUGCAACCCACAGCUCACCAGGAUAGCAGCUGCACCCCACAGCUCACCAGGACAGCAGCUGCACCCCACAGCCCACCAGGACAGCAGCUGCACCCCACAGCUCACCAGGAUAGCACCUGCACCCCACAGCUCACCAGGAUAGCACCUGUACCCCACAGCUCACCAGGAUAGCAGCUGCACCCCACAGCUCACUAGGACAGCAGCUGCACCUCACAGCUCACCAGGAGUCUUGCUGCUGAGUUGACCGUUAGGGUCAGCUUGUUAGAGUUCUUAAUAUUUUAGGUGAAGUUUGACCAAAGCCAGUCAAAGACAUGAGCCUGUUUUAUGUUCUGGAAUGAAGUGAAACAGAUUGAGUAAAAGAUGAAGUUGAUGACCAGAAAAAAGCAUCAGUAUCCCUGCAGUGCACCAAAGGCUCCAGAUGCCAGAAGUAUAGCCUCCCCUAGGGCAAAGCCAGGUCUGGGGAACGUGACUAAGACAUAUCUACCCAUUGUUAUUGGUGUCUCAUAAAUAAACGUUUUCUCUUGAAAAUUUUUACAGAAAUGCUUGACACUUCAGUCAAAUACGAUUUCCCUUUGGUAGAUGAAAAUAUUUGCACUUGGGCCACAAACACAGUGUUGCCUCUCCCACAUGCACACACAUGGGUGCAUGCACACACAGAGACACAUGUAGAGGCACGUGCACACACAUGACACACGUUUUAUGAAGGGAAAUGCCUGUAUUCGGCGCUCUCAGUGCCAGAAAAAAGGGAGCUUUUGCUACACUCCAGCUGUCACUCAACAACUAUUUAAAUCGGUCUAUAAAAUAGAUUCUUUGCACUGAUUUGGGUGUCUGUGCACAUAAUUGGUUCCCAUUAAAAAGAGGAUAGAGCGAAAACACAUUUUGCAAACAUUCUAGACAAAAUACAUUAUUUCUGAAAUUAUGUUAGAGCUCACGUAUUGAGACCAGGCCAUCUGUUUGUGGGCAAAUCAAGCUUUAUUUGCCCAGCUCUCUCCGCAGCUGCUGGGUGUGUGUCACUGCACGUGUUACAGCGCAAGUUGGAGGUGGCAUUUGUGUUCCCCUCCCUCCCAUCCACAUCGCCCUGCGCUGUCCUGGGCAUCACCGGCUGAAGUGAGGCAGGGCUUUACCUAGUAUUUCAUUUGCCUGAGUUCAUACUUCCCUUUACUGUGGACAAUUGAGAGUUGGCUGUGACUUUAUAUCUGAAUGAAAAUUUUCCAUAUCCAUGUUUUUGGUGGCCGGGGUCGCUGUGGCUCAUGACUGUGUACCUAAUGGCAUGUGGUGUGUGAGCUGCAGGCCCCUGCCUUUCAGGGAGGUGAGCGUGUCCUGCGUCCGUCCAGGUUUUCUGCACCGUUAGGAUGGUUUCCAAGCGUUGUCCCAUCACCCCUAGGAUGUGUGCUGAAUGGAAGUUCUCCGUGUUCCUGUGAAUAUGUCGUUAAUGUCAGAUGUGAUGUGACGCCGUUGGACUGUCCACAUGUACAACUAUUAAUGGUGUUUGUGGAACUGAAAUGUCUUAAAUGUUGCAUGAAAUAUGUUACAAAAAUAGAUUUUUUUUCUAUUUUCAACACCUCAGAAUUGAGGGUUCAUGGGCCAAUAAGUGCAAUAUUUAAUGACUUAUUCAGUGUAUAUAAAUGAGUGAAAGUGAAUUACAGCAAAUGUGCGAAAUGCUGUGGGUGGCGUGUGACCUACUCAAAUGAUCUCCUGUAGCCGUGUGUGUCUAGCGUGUGCUUAUACAGUCAGUACCUUAUUGUGUUGUGUGAAGCUCCUCUGUGCUACCUCAAAGUUCUUUAUUUCCUAUAAGACCAAACGUCUAGUUACCUGCAAAUAUAUGUCAGUUUUGCCUUUUAGAAUUGUGGGUUUUGUUUUUAAGACAGAAUGGUUGUUAGUUUACUUUAUAUAGUAAUUUUCUUGUUAAUUCGGAAUUCUCCUUUAGCCUUUUUUAAGAGGCCAAUUUAGCUACCUAAGAAAAUAUAUGCACAUAAGAAAAAGUCGUUUUUAUUCUCAGAAAUGUUGAUCACAUGUUCUGUCUACUAAGAAUUUUCACUCUUGUAUUUGUAUGUAUACUUAUUGUAACUCAAUCUUGUAUUUUGUUUUCAAAUUUAACACUGUCAACCCGGGAAUCCUAAAAUAUUCGUAUCUGUUUAGGUUGUAGCUAAUGUCAUUUCAGUUCAGUUCUCAAUUGUCCGCACCAGGAAGGUGGAGACAGAAAAGCCAGGUUCCCUACAUCACUUUGGUAUCGCAAAGCCUCACGUGCACCCUCAGCCCUGUCAGCCUCACAGCCAUGGCCUAGAACGCACUGCGAUGCAGAGUCCAGCCAUGAGGCCUGGUGGCUGGUUCUGACUGUUUAUGUUUGUGACGUUUAAAGUAGGGCAAUGACCUUGAACUCCUCUCUGCCAUCCCAGUUUUUAGGCACAGCAUUCAUCUUAAAAUCGUGCUUUGCCUUCCCAUUCACCCAGCAAAGGACAUCACGACACCUCGAGCAGUGAGGACUUAUUCACUCAGAAGGAAAAGAGCGGUGUCUAGACGGCGUGGUCAUCGGCACCUCCUGCAAGGCCUCCACUCCUUCCUCGGCCGGGCCAUCGCCUGUGAGGACCUUCCAGUCAUGUCCGAUGGCUCUGGGCGCCCACUGGGAUGUGCGCCUGGCUCAUCCGGGAUAGCCGGAAACGCGUACUCAGCUCUCAAACCCACUGAGGAAGUUGGUGGUUAGUGAUGGCCCUGUAACAAAUUAAGGAAAAAUGAAAGCAGGUAGCCAACAUUAGAAUCAUAAUUAAGAGUGUGUUAAUGUUUAGUCAGUCAUUGCACAGCUGCUGAGUCUCAUGUGCCCAGCACUCAGCUUAGUGACUGAAGGGGGAGG